UGGGGACCGAAAGAAAACAAAAGAAGAUACAAUAAUCACAAGUCCAGACAGGCCACUACUUCCUGUUUUUAAAGAUUCUUAUUUGACUACAAAGACAUUGGCUCAGGGUUCAAUUCCAUCCCCCUCUAAUAAUUAACAUGAUUUAACAUAAACCUUUAAUCAAACCUUUUGUCGAGAUAAACAACACAUCAGAAGACCACUGGGACACUGCUUAUAAAACGACAACAAACAGGGUAAAUGACAUGCUUUUUCAUCUACAUGCUAUUUACUUAGACCAAAACAGGAAGUACAGUGGUCUCACACCAGACAAUUACAAGAAACGGGGCUGAAAGAGCAACUUGAAUCACUUCCUCGGCAGGCGCUCAGCACAGCGGCUCAGCACAGACCCUAUGGCACAAGAUGACAGAGACUGAGUUACACUGAAGUUUUUCCCGGAAUGACAACGGAGAAUCUGGGAUCUUUAGAGAGCAUGUCUGAGGAACUUGUCCCCAUAGAGUACCGCUACGCCGGACUGGUUUUCUACUCUGUCAUUUUCCUCAUCGGAAUUGUUGUCAACAUCACGGCGCUGUGGGUGUUUGCUCUGACCACCAAGAGGAGAAACUCUGUAACUAUUUACAUGAUCAAUGUAGCCAUAGUGGACCUCACCUUCAUUGUCCUAUUGCCCUUCCGCAUAAUAUACUAUGGCAAGGACCACUGGCCUUUCGGGGAUUACUUUUGCCGGAUCAGCGCUGCCCUAACAACAUUUUACCCCUGCAUGGCCCUCUGGCUUUUCGCCUUGAUCAGCGCUGACCGCUAUGUGGCCAUUGUUCAGCCGCGCCACAGCAAGGAGCUGAAGAACACAGGCAAGGCUGUGCUGUCCUGCGUCGGAGUGUGGGUCAUGACCCUGGGCAGCACGGCGCCCCUGCUAUUCACCGACGAAGACCCCGACCGCGCCUCGAACUUCACCACCUGCGCCAAGACGCGGGACAUAAUCCACCUGAAGCGCGAUAACCCCAUGAAUUUCGCGCGGCUCGUGUUCUUCUUCCUGGUGCCCGCGUCCAUCAUGCUGGCCUGCUACGGAAUCAUCGUGAACAACCUCUUCCACGGGCGGACCUCGAAGCUCAAGCCCAAAGUGAAGCAGAAGUCCAUCCGCAUCAUCAUCACGCUCAUCGUGCAAGUGCUGGUGUGCUUCGUGCCCUUUCACAUCUGCCUGAUCUUCUUAUUGCUAGAAGACAGCGGCCAUGACUAUAGUGCCUGGGCUGCCUUCACCACCUUCCUGAUGAACCUCAGCACUGUCUUGGACAUAAUCCUCUAUUAUAUCGUCUCCAAGCAAUUUCAGGACCGGGUCAUCAGCGUCAUCCUCUACAGGAACUAUCUACGCAGCGUACGGCGAAAGAGCCUGCACACCGGCAGUGUACGCUCUAUAAGCAACCUCACCAGUGCUAUGAUUUAAGGGUUAGCCGAUGCCUGUACCUAUCAGCUCAUAUCCUAUUUAUGAACGCUUACAGAAACAUCAUAAAGCUAGUACUAUACCUUCUUUUCCAGUUUUUCGAAAACAAUUUUUUGAAUGUGUCUGAAGGCUGUAAACCCGUAUAAUCUAAUCUUGAGCCAUUAACUUCUUCAAAGAUACUUAUUAUUAUGUAUUUUUUUUGGUAAAUAGAAAGCAUGUGAAAAAUACUUAAUAUGUCUAAGUGUACCGUCAUAUUUGAUAAUAAAACGCAUUUCAUUAAAUCCUGAAA